GGCGUGCGGCGCGCUGAUUGGUGGCCGCUCCCGGAAGAGCGGGGAGGCCGGGGCUCGCCAUGGCCACAGCAACGGACCAGGUGGUUGGAUUCGGCUUGGUCGCCUUCAGCCUCGUCCUCUUUGUUUACUACACGCUCUGGAUCAUCGCCCUGCCCUUCAUCGACAGCGACCAUGUGAUCCACAAGUACUUCUUGCCGAGGGAGUACGCCGUUAUCAUCCCCGUGGUGGCCGGGCUGCUGCUGCUGCUAUUUAUAGGUGUUUUUAUAACGGUGGUGAUGUGGAGGAGCAGGAAACCUGCCAAGAAAUCAGAGUGAAGGCCCUGCUGUGAGAGAGAUGAGGAGAAGGCGCCCACCCUGCGACGUCGGAGCCAGGAAAGGACUUUGCCUGCAGCACCUCCUCCGGAGCCCAGCUGCCUGCUCUCUCCCACGUUCCUUCCUGCAGAGACAAAGUCUCCUGUAGUUUACAAUUUACUGACCAAAGGGAAGCAAAACGGACCUCAGGGGCUCACCGAGAGGGACCAGAGCCCUGACUGGGGGUCCCACUCCCCAGCUGGGGCUGCCUGUGCCAGCGCUGGCCGGAGGAGCUGCCGGGGCCCAGCAGCACUCACCAGAGUGUGAGUGGAGCCCUGAGCCCUGCCCGCUGCUCAGCCCCUGAGUCAUCCUUCCCCUCUGCUCUUGCUGUGUCCACUACUUUGUUCCUUCUGGGGUUUUUCUUUUUUUUAUUUUUAAAUGUUUACGUACGGUUUGUGGCGGUUUAUUAAUUGGAUUCAAGAUGGAGAGGAAAGAAAUGAGGCUGAGCUUGGAAAAGGCA